AUGUCUAAAGUCGUACGGAGCGUCAAAAACGUCACAAAGGGAUAUUCCUCGGUGCAAGUCAAGGUUCGAAAUGCCACAAGCAAUGACCCAUGGGGCCCUACGGGCACUGAUAUGUCCGAGAUUGCCGCCAUGACAUUCGGGAGUCCGAACGAGUUCUACGAGAUCAUGGACAUGCUUGACAAGCGACUCAACGAUAAGGGCAAGAACUGGCGCCACGUGCUCAAGUCACUAAAGGUCCUGGAUUACUGUCUGCAUGAAGGCUCGGAGUUGGUGGUAACGUGGGCCCGCAAAAAUGUCUACAUUAUCAAGACCCUACGGGAGUUUACAUACGUUGACGAGGAAGGAAGGGAUGUUGGCCAGAAUGUCCGCGUGGCAGCAAAGGAAUUGACCGCACUCGUACUGGAUGAAGAUCGCCUGCGCAGCGAACGGUCCGAUCGCAAACUUUGGAAGACUCGUGUUAGCGGGCUCGAUGAAGGCUAUGGAAACUCCGGUGCGGAACCGCCGCGCAAAGACCGACGCCGACGUAAUGGAGAUGACGAGUCCGACACCGAAUACCGCUUAGCUAUUGAAGCCAGCAAGGCCGAAGCCGAGGAAGAGCGCCGGCGACGAGCCAAGGAGUCAAUGGCAAACGAGGAUGAUGAGGAUCUUGCCAAGGCCAUUAAACUGAGCAGAGAGGAGGAGGAACUCCGGAGGCGCGAAUUAGAGGAGAGCAACGCCCAAUCGCUCUUCGACGACACCCCAGCUCAAGUUCAGCCAACUGGAUACAACCAGGGCUACCAACAGCAAGGUGCUGUGGAUUGGUUCGGAAACCCGAUUAAUGCGCAGCAGCCCAUGACGACUGGCUAUCUGAACAGCCAGUACGCUCAGCCAACAGGAUUCCAGAAUCAGCCCACCGGCGUGAACAAUCCCUACGCCAACGGUUAUCCGGCACAGCCUUCGGCAUUCGAUCAGAACCCCUAUGGUCAGCAACAGAACAACUAUUUGCAACCCCAGGCCACUCUCCAGCCCCAACAGACCGCGUUCAACCCCAACAACCCUUACGGAGGGGAUAUCUUUUCGCAGCAGCAACAACAACAGCCCCAGGAAAACUAUCAGACAGCAGGAAGCAACAACCCCUGGGCUGGAAACCAGCAGCAGCAGAAUCUGCAGCCGGCGGAUGCCCUCAAGCCCAUGCCGACAGGAUCCAACAACCCCUUCGCCCAGCGCCAACAAACACAGUUCAACAACCCUGCACCAACCGGCCCACCCACACUCAAUGCUUUGUCAGAGGACCGUGCCACGAACCAGUUCGCCCAGAACAACUCGCAGUACGGCCAAAACUCACUGUUCAGCCAGCCCACUCAGCCCAACCCCAUUGCCAACUUCCAAGCCCCGCAACCACCAAAGAGCACUACACCGCAGGACCCUCAUCAUGCCCGUCUGAACGCCCUUCUGUCAACCGGCGAAGGCCUGGAUACAUUCGGCAAUGUCGGAGAUCUCCGAAUCCCCGCGCAGCACACAACGCCUGGCACAUUCGUCAACUCUGCCGGUCAGGGUUUGGACCGCCUACACGCUACGCCUACCGGAAACCCAUUCCUCGGUCAGCAAUUCACAGGCAUGCCGCAACAGACCGGCUAUAUGCAGCAGCAACAGCAGCAACAGCCUGCUAACAACAAUCCUUGGGGAGGUCAACAGCAGCAACAGCGCGGGGGUAGCUUGAUCGAUCUGUAA